AUGCUGCUUCGAUAUCUCCUUUUGCUGCUGAUACCAUCGCCGGCGACGUCGCAGUCAUGGCAACCAAGCGAGAUUCCCAGUACUGCUACCAACACUGAAAGGCGUUGGAGCAGUGCAAAGAGGCUGGGAAACCCGCUAAUGACCGGAGAUGGGAGGCUUUUGGCUUGUUCAGGGAUGAAUCUGUUGUGCUUUGAUAAGAAUGGUACAAUUGCGUGGAUCGUCCCUUUCCAGUAUACCUGCAGAUUAGACGUAGCCCCGGUCAAUGAUGACAGAGGCAAGAUCUAUUUGGUUGCGGAAGAUCGGGUUUUGAGAAUAACACCCCCAAAUAUUGGUCGUUCUGCAUCCACAGUCGAAGUAUUCUUUGGCACGAACUCAACCUUUGGUUCAUCAGGGGAAAUAAUUGGAAUUUCGAUAAGCAUCUUGUAUGCAUCAGUAUUCGUUUCUGUAAGAAAUCGAGGACUGUUUGCUUUACUGCCGAAAGGAGAACUUCUGUGGACUGCUGGGCCUAUGCUUUAUCGGUUUGGUUACCGUCAAGGCUGUAAGAGAAACAUCACAGAUUGCUACUUCAAUUCAGUUCCUGUUGUUGAUCAGUGUGAGGGGACUCUUUAUGUUUCGAAUACUGAAGGACAGGUCUAUUCGUUGUAUAUCCGCAGUCCUCACUUCAGAUGGAUCCAAGAUUUUAGCUCAAUAGACAAGAAGAUCAAUAUCAUACCUGGAAAUAAUGGGCAUUUGUAUCUAAUCUUCCCAAGAAAGGCUGUACUCAUGUCACUUGAUGUUGCUACAGGAAACAUGUCGUGGCGAAACAAUGUCGGUCCCUUGAGUGCAGAAACCAUCUUGCCUGUUGUGGAUUCUAAUGGCUGGCUAUCGAUUGGCUCAUUGGAUGGAUAUCUGUAUUCCUUCUCCCCAGUGGGGGAUCUGAAAAAGUUCCUGCAAAAGACUGCAUCUGAUUCAGUCAUUCAAGCUACUCCAGUCCUGGACUGCUCAGGAUUUGCAGUUUAUGUGCCUCAAACAGUCAUGGAGGGGAAGUCAAGCCGCGUGAUUGGUGACUAUACUUUCAUCUCUGCACUAAAGCCACUAAGUAUUGUGUUCACUCUACUGGCACCAGCUACAGGAACUGUUUAUUGGGCUGACAACCAUCAUGGUGAAGUGUCAUCCUUCUUGUCCAAGAGCGAUCUACGCUACUUUGAAUUGGAUGACAGGAUUCUUCUUACUGUUCUUUCUGCAGGAAGGAUAGGCAGCAGUCUUCCAUGCUAUUCUGCAGGUAGCAGUCACUUGCAUAACAUCUUCACUUCUGAUACUUCAUCCUCAUUUGAUGUUGCCUCCUUCUCCUGUUUGUUUGAUCAGGCCAAAGAAUUGCUUGGACCUGCUCACAAUCGAAUCCCAGAUUCGUCACCACCGAUGCAGGUGAGGACAAUCCCGCUUCUUGGCAAUGAAAGAGCAGUCCUGCUCUUCCUGUUCUUCCAGUUUGCGAUACUGCUCAUCUUAGGCGGAACAGUGCGAUCUUGCUGCGUCUUCUGGAGGAAGAAGAAGCUACAAGAUCAUGGUCUCGGGAGAUUCCUCGACAAGAGGAGGUCUCUUCACAGAAGGAGGAAAUCAUUCGACAGGAUGAUCUCAGAGCUAGAGGAGAAGGCAGCUGAAGACGCCACCAACGACGAAGCACUGGAGCGACUGGGCGAAGCGGUGACAGCGAAGGAAGGAGUGGUGAGAAAGCUAUCCACUUCUUACAGCCUCGGCAGGGACAGAACAGGUUCACGUCGGGGAUCCAUCUUGCCAUUGUAUGAUGACGGGAGGAAGAAGAGCCAUUCUUUCCACUGUGCAAGGAGAGAGAGCGUGACGAUCUUUAACACGUACAGCGACACGUCCUCUUCGGAUGAAAGCAGGAACAGCAGCAACUACCACCAUGAAAGUGGCAGUGGCGGCUGCUCGGACGAAGCAGGGCCUUCGAGCAGAGUCGCUGCGGCCGAAGGAGAUGGAGAGGGUUCAUCGGACGCUGCUUCUGAAGCGAGAACGUUCGCAAAUCCGAUGUUUGUGGAAGACGCGGGUGACAGCGUUCGGCAUUCGCGAGAUGAGGAGCUCACGAGGGACCCAAUGCAGGAAGGUGUGGGUGCGAGGGGAAUGUGGUUGAAGCGGAGGAGAACACUGUCUUCAACUAAUUGA